GUAUAUGUGCAGGGGGCGGGGGACUGCGAGCUGGGGGCGGGGAUGUGGUCUGCUGGGAAAAAAAUGUUUAAAAAAAUGAAUCCGUUCCAAACCCCCAGUCCUGUGUCGGGGAGCCAAUUCUGGCACGGUAAAGACUGGGCGGGAUGGGGGCGUCGCGGCUGGCGUCUGCCCGCCUGCCUACCCACCCGCCAGCAAGGCCACCGCGGUCCUCGCUGGGAGAGGUAGGUGUGGCCAAUGUGCAGAAGGGGCUGGGAGGACCAGGGGGUCACGCGGCAUGGGCAGAGCGAGCUGCACCCGCGUGCGCCCCGGGCUGGUGCGGGGCUGGGGGCGAAGGGACCCGGCUCUCGGUGCGCGGUGUCUGGACCUGUGCGCGUGCGUGCGUACCCUUCACGCCGUGGGGAACUGACUCAAAGUCAAACACACCCAGGCAUUGCCUCCCUCUCUGCUGGAGAGGACACACUUGCAGACAAAGCUGGGCUUCUGUAGUCCCGCCGCUCCUGAGCCCGAGACAGGGCCCGUACCACUGUUCUCAGACCCGGGGACCUCAAGUUCUGGCAGGUUUAGAGCUAUGGAUAGUCUCCCUUCCCAUCUGCUGUUCCUGCUGGCUCUCUGAACUUGAACGCAUGUCCAGUCUGGGGAACCAAAGGCCCGUGUCCCCUUUCCUCCCCACCGAUGCCACCCCAUGAGGGCAAGCAGGAAGGAAGUCCCGAGUGGCCAAUUAGUGACAGACAGGUAAGAACCAGACACUGUCCUGAAUUCUGGCCCUGGCCUUGGUGAAGUUUCAUAGAGGCUGUGGCAGUCAGGUGUGAUGGAUCUGGGGAGCCAGAAGUCAUAAGGCACAGGACAGUGGAGACAUCUGUCACCAUCAAGGAUUCCAUUUGAAAACCAGAAGGCAAAUCCUUCAUCGUAGACUGCUCAUGGAGAGGUGAGAUUCGGACAGAGGGAGGAUUGCUCUGUCUUGAGAGACCAGAAACCUCAUCUUGCCAGCACUUGUCCAGGCCUGGGUGUGGACAGCAGGAACCCCGAGACCACAAGUGCCCACGGGGCCUGACACAGAUGAGUGAGGUGGCUCUGGUUCUCCUCAAGGUUCCCUGUUAGCCCUUACCCUGCUCAGGAGUAAGUGAGAUGGGAAUCCUGUUGCCCAGGAGAUGGCUCUCCUCUUCAGCUUCGGCUCCUGUUGAUUUAAAAUCUUUAAAGGUGCUGGCCCACUCCCAAAGCCUUAAUGACCUGAGGUCCAUCCCUGGGACCCACAUGGGCAAGGACUCCUGAAGUUGUCCUCUGACCUCCACAUGUUCUCUCUCUCUCUCUCUCUCUCUCUCUCUCUCUCUCUCUCUCUCUCUCUCUCUCUCUCUCUCUCAUGUGCACACACACAAUAAUAAUAAUAACAAAAAUAAGAAAUCUAAAACAUAAAAUCAGACUUUAAGAUUCAGUCAUGGCAAUCAGCAAGACCCUUUACAGUCCCGGCAGGGCCCUCCCUGGAGCACAGUAUUGGGGUGCCUGAUGGGAUUCUUGGGCAGGAGGCAUUUACCUCCCAUCGUGGUCAGGGAAGGAAAACGGGAAAGUCUUAGAGGGAUGGAGCACAGUGUGGGUUCAGGUCCCAACAUCACUCAGCGCAUGCCCCUGCCCUGCCAUGGUGACUCCUGCUCUACUGCCCAGGAGGUCCAGGUGGGAUGUGCAAAGAAUAUUUCUAUUGAUUUUCAUCUUCUCCUCCAACUGCCAUACCUCCUAACACAGGAAUGUGUUGGUACAGUAAUCUAGCAUGUAACCGAUACACUUACAAUUUACAUCUAAAUUACAUAAGAUCAUUAUAUAAGAUAGAAUUUAUAGUUCACAUCUGUGAGUGCACACCUCGACUCUGCCUUUUACUGGAAAGAGAGCUUAAGGAGAAGAGUUCAGAGGGCUGCCAGAGCGAGCGAGCGAGUGAGCGAGCGAGCGAGCGAGCGAGGGAGCCGGUUCACACGCAUGCUCUGCUCGCCCAGGCUUUCCGGUUUCCUCAGCCAGGCCUCUUCCCUUCUCUUCUCUCAAUGGCUCUGUUGUGACAGCGCAGUCCCUCGACCUCACAGCCUCUGUCACUGAAGAGUCCUGCAUCCUUUCAUGUCAGCAGCCUGGGCAGAUGGCUGAGGGCUCAACCUUCUCCAGCACCUGCAGGUUCCGACACCUCCCACGACCACUCUCCCUCACUCCGGUACUGGAGUUUGAACUCAGGGCCCUGGGAUGCGAGGUAAGCACUCCACCACUGAGCCUCUUUGACACUCUCUCCUUAGGUUUCCCAGGCUGGCCUCCAGCUCUCUCUGUAGUUCAGCCAGGCUUUGAACUUGAGAUCCCGCCCCUUCCCCAGUGACUUACAGGUCCUUGUCAUUGGACCAGGCCCCAGGUCUUCUUUGAAGCUCUCCUUGAUGUUUGCAAUGCCCCCAGUGCUCUGCAGGUGCCAUUAACACUGUGUGGAAGUAACUCACUUAACCCGAUUGCACUACCUGCCCUUGAAGCUGAAACUCGGGCAGUACUGAAGGCUCUAAAUAGAACAUUCUGGACAGGCGCUCAGAGCCAUCCUGUAUGUCUUGAAGGAGGUUGGCUUACUCUGCCACUAGAGGGGAGAUCUUGGGCCUGGUGAGUUUAAUCUCUCUUCACAAGGUCAGUUCUGCUGACUCCACUAAUCAGCUUGAACCUCCUAAUCCGUCCCCAGGAACUUCAGGAAACAGCAGGUGGCUUGUGAGAGGUGGCCGGGGCCAUUGCGGCCCCUCACCUGGGGCUUUCUUCUGUAGAGUUGGUCUUCAGGGGGGAUGGGGCAGCUGAGCCAUGUGCACCACCCUCUUCCUGCUCAGCUUGGCCAUGCUGUGGCGCCGCAGAUUUGCCAACCGGGUGGAACCAGAGCCCAGCGGAGUGGAUGGGGCAGCUGUGGGCAGCAGCUCGGACACAGACCUUCAGUCCUCCGGCAGGGAGAAAGAACCUGUGAGGUAGGCCCUCACUUCUUCAGGCACCUCAGCUCUGGGGACUGUAACCCACCGGCCCAGACAGCUGGAGUCCUGGUUCACCCCCAUCCCAGGAGGAUGUGGUGGGGCUGGACGCAGCAGCAGGAGGAGGGAGAAUGGGGGAAGCAGUCAUGGAGAAGACCUCAGUUUCCCCACUCAGUAAACAUGUUAAUUCUGCAUGGCCUGGUGCUGAGAUGUGAAGAGCUAAUGACCUCCUCAGGAAACAAGCUGUCGAGAAAAAUGAAGGGAAGUGGCCAGAUGAUCUCCAGGGGCUCCGUAGAUUACCCCCACCGAGACAGACUGUGAUGGACUGUGUCCGGAGGUGCUGACAAAGAUGUGCCUACAUGACGGACAUUUAUGGAGUGUCUGCGUGCCAGGGUACAAAAACAGACUCAGAGCACCUGUCAAACCCAACCAGCCACUGGACAAGAUAUAAGACGCAGACAUGGCAGUGGGUGGCACACACAGCGACCUCGUGACUGUCUCGGCCUCUGCUCAGAGACAACCACUUGUCUGGUGCUCAGGGAAGGGAAACCAGGACAGGUGAAGAGACAGUGCGACACUCGUGGUGACCCACACAAACAGAAGCAGCAAUGACAAUUCAACAGGAUACGGAAAACCAACUGCACUUGAACAGAAGUAAACUGACACAGGGCGAAGACUGGGAGGGAACACUGGCCAAACGGAAGACAAAUGGCCCGGGUGGGGCGUGGCUCGGCGGUGGGGCGUGGCUCAGUGCUGGGGUGUGGCUCAGCGGUGGGGCGUGGCUCAGCGGUGGGGCGUGGCUCAGUGCUGGGGCACUGGACUAGCAAGCGCAAAGCCUUGGAUUCAGUCCCCCGCACCACACACAUCUAACAAACCCCCAAACAAGCUGGGCACUGUGGUGCACUCGGUAGGCAGAGGCAGGUGGGUCCCUGUGAUUCCGAGGCCAGCCUGGUCUACAUAGUGAGCUCCAGGCCAGUCAGGGCUACAUAGUGAGGCCCUGCCUCAAAAACAAAACAAAAAUCUAAGAAAGACUUGGCAUCUAGAAUAGAAAUAGCUUUGGGGUAAAGAGCAAGGGUAAAGAACCCUGGCAGAGGGCCAGGGUUCAGGUCCCAGCACCCCUGAGGUAGCUCACAACAGUCUGUAACUCCAGUUUCAUGGGAUCUAAUGCCCUCUUCUGAACUUAAAGGGUUCUCAUGUGCACCACCGCAUGCAGGUACAUAUGCACACAUAUGAAAGUAAAGAAAUCAAUUAAAAAAUAGAAUGAAGAGCUUUUACAGCUGAGGGGCUGGAGAGCUGGCUCGGCAGUUACAAGCUGCUCUUCCAGGAGACCUGAGUUCUAUUCCCAGCACCCACAACUGCCUGUAACUCCAGCUCCAGGGGAUCUGACACUCUCUUCUGACCUCUGGGCACUGAACUCACAUGCACACAGCCACCCCCACAUACACAAAGAAAAAUAAAAUAAAAAUAUUUCUUAAAAGAACUUUUACAAAAACAAAACAAAACAAGCCGGGCGGUGGUGGCACACGCCUUUAAUCUCAGCGCUUGGGAGGCAGAGGCAGGCAGAUCUCUGAGUUCGUGGCCAGGACAGCUAAGGCUACACAGAGAAACUCUGUCUCAAAUAACCAAAACCAAACCAAACCAAACCAAAACUUUUACAAUUCAACAAUUAGUACAAUUUUUAAAAAGGGGGAGGGGGCCGGGCGGUGGUGGCGCACGCCUUUAAUCCCAGCACUCGGGAGGCAGAGCCAGGCGGAUCUCUGUGAGUUCGAGGCCAGCCUGGACUACCAAGUGAGUUCCAGGAAAGGCACAAAGCUACACAGAGAAACCCUGUCUCGAAAAACCAAAAAAAAAAAAAAAAAAAAAGGGGGGGAGGGGAAGGUUUUAAAAACCACUCUACGAAAAAAAAUAUGCAUAUGGCCAAUAAACUCAAAAACAUCAUCAGCCUCUACAAAGCUAUCAUAAAGUGAAUAUCUGGGGUGUCUGAAACCCUACAAUGUAACCACUUUGGAAAUGAGUGCAGUAGUGUCUUAUAAAGUAAUUAAGGCCGGGCGGUGGUGGCGCACGCCUUUAAUCCCAGCACUCGGGAGGCAGAGGCAGGCGGAUCUCUGUGAGUUCGAGGCCAGCCUGGGCUACCAAGUGAGUUCCAGGAGAGGCACAAAGCUACACAGAGAAACCCUGUCUUGAAAAACCAAAAAAAAAAAAAAAAAAAAAAAAAAAAGUAAUUAAAGGACAAUUAAAACUUAUGUCCACAAAAAGAUUUCACAAAAGUGUUGACAGCAGGAGCUUUGCUAAUUAUAGUUCCACACUGAAAAUAACCCAGAUAUCUACCAACAGAUAUCAAUGGGGACACUGAGGCAUGUUUGAACAUUGGAAUAACACUCAUAAACAAAAAAGGAAGUGUGGUAUUUAUGUAAGAGACAACACAGGAAGGUUAAGAAAGCAGACCCGGGAGGAUCGAGUUUGUGGUUAUAUUUAUGAAAUGCUAGGAAGAGAUGAGACUAAUUGAUACUGAGAGAGUGCAGAGCAAUGGCUGCCUCAGGCCAGGUCUGGGUAUGGGAACUGACUGUAAAAAAGGCAGGUGGGUGCCCAGGGUGACAACAAGGUUUUGAAUCUCGAUUGGGAAUAUGCCUCUAUGCAUGCAUGUGUUCGCUUACAGUACAUUUGGGAUGUAUUUUAUACCUCAAUAAAGAUGGCUUACAAAGUUCAAACCAAAACAAGAAGGAAACCUAAUCAUUAUUUGUUCAUAGUCCAGCAAAAACAGCAAGAUCGAAGCAAGUGUGGCACAGGCCUCUAAUCCCAGACACCAGAGAAGCUGGUUACAAGUUCAAAGCCGGGCUGUGCAACUUUAGUGAGAGCCUGUCCCCCACCCAAGCAAAAGCAAAGAGAGGGGAGCGGCACUUGUCUUGCAUGGACACGGCCGGGGUGUGUUGUCCAAUAUGGGGAGGGAGUGGGGGGAGGAAGGAAAUUAAGAUAAAAAGCAGAAUGGGACCGGGGAGAUGGCCCAACAGGUAAAAGGACGUGUUGCUCUUACAGAGGCCUCAGGUUCAGUUCCCAGCACCCACAUCAGGUGGUUCACUACUAUCUGACACUCCAGUUCCAGGCAAUCUGACACUCUACGGCCUCUGUAGGUAUCUGUACACACAGUGCAUGUAAACUCAAGCAGACACAUACACAUGCACGUAAAUAAAAGAUAUUUUAAAAAGUGGUAUAAUGAAUGUGAGAAGAAAUAAAUAUAAGCAUCAGGAAUUCCCAUUUGGCUAGGCAGUGGUGGCACACGCCUUUAAUCCCAGCACUCGGGAGGCAGAGCCAGGCAGAUCUGCAUGAGUUCGAGGCCAGCCUGGUCUACAGAGCGAUAUCCAGGACAGGCACCAAAACCACACAGAGAAACCCUGUCUUGAAAAACCAAAAAAGGGCUAGAGAGAUGGCUCAGAGGUUAAGAGCACUGACUGCUCUUCCAGAGGUCCUGAGUUUAAGUCCCAGCAACCACAUGGUAGCUCACAACUGUCUGUAAUGAGAUCUGGUUCCCUUUUCUGGCCUGCAGGCAUACAUGCAAGAACACUGUAUACAUAACAAAUAAAUCUUAAAAAAAAAAAAAAAAAGAAAGAAAGAAAGAAAGAAAAAAAAAAGAGUUCCCAUGCACUGUGCAAGUGCUUUGAAUAGACAGUCUUAAUCCCAGGAGAGUCAAAUGAUCCUCCUCCUCUCUUGUUGUAAAGAUCAAGGGAUGAGAAGGUGCAGUGGUACAGGCAUUUAAUCCCAACACCGGGAGGCAGAGGUAGGCAGCUCUCUGUGAGUUUGAGGCCAGCCUGGUCUACAGAGUGAGCACCAGGACAAGCAGAGCUACAUAGUGAGACCCUGUCUUGAAAACAAAAACAAACAAACAAAGAGAUGAGGAUAGAGGUAGGUAAAGUAAUCUGCCCAGAGUUAUUCAAACUAGGUUCAGUGGAGCUGGGAUUAGCCUCCAGGCUGGUCUGAUAUCAGAGCACAUGCUAAACCACCUGCCUAAGAAAGGUGCCACAAGGAGAACCUGGAGACCGACUCGGCAGGGUGGCUGAGGAGGAGCUGGAGACCAGCUGGAAUCCCAUCGUAAACAGAGAGCAGAGGAAGGGGAGUCAAAGCAAAGGGAGCAGAAACCACCACAAGGAAGGCUUAUGCAACAAGGUAACACGGAGAAGGCAGGAUUUCCGGGAACGGGGAGACAUGUCCAGGAAACAGAUGAGGUCCAGACAAUACUGCCUAGGCUUCAAAUUUGUUUAUUUUUAAAAAUCUGUUUUGGAGUAAUUUUAUUAGAGGAAACAGCUCUGCAGAUAAGGUGGGUGAAGGUACGGCUUUUCCUGGGUGUUUUGUUUUUUGUUUGUUGAAAUCUAAUCUCACUGUGUAGCCCUGGCUGGUAGAACUCACAGAAAUUCAUCUGCCUCUGCCUCCUGAGUGCUGGGAUUAAAAGUGUGUAUCACCAUUCCCAGCUUCUUCCAUGGAAUUCUUUAUGAAGACAUGGGAAAUACCACUGUCAUUUAUUCUGAUUAGGACUCUUGACAGAACCCCAACUUGAAAUGACUUAAACAAUGACAUUUCUUUCUUGUGUCUCACAUCCUGUACUUCACUGAAACUUUUAAGGAGUAUCCGACACACAGAAGUAGUAAACGUGAACGUGUCUCUCUAAACCAAUGAGAGGUGAAAGCCAAGGCUUCAGGACUGGCUGUCUCAGCAGCCUGCCAGCAGCCUCAAGGACUCCUUUCCUCUUUCCAGUCCCUCUUCAGAGGCAUUUGACUCUUGCUUUGAAGGAAGCCUCACAGAUUCCAGACGGCCGUGGCAAGCCCAAGCAUCACAUCUCUCUACAAUGUCCCAGAGCCAGAAGAGAGGAGGUUGCUUUUAAAGAAGAAUUCCCCACACUUGGCUAGACUUGUAUUGUAGACAAGAUGGAAGAAGACCAGCUUCCAGGCCGACCACCAACAUGCCUGCAUACAGACAUACUUCCUGUGAGAUCACUGGUGUGGCUGCUUCCAGUGUAAGCAGCCAGCUGCUUGGAGGUCACCACCAACCCUCCUUCAUGACCUUAUUAAUAAAAUCAAAGAUCCCCUUUGGAAUUAAGAAGGGAAUUUCAAUAUUGUAAAGACUGCUUUCUUACUGUGGGUUUCAGACGCGGCGUCUGUCAUCAGUCCCGUCGGUGACUGCCCCAGCACAGCAGGCCAGCUGACUGAUUUCCCCUGUGCACUCUGAGGUUGGGUCUCUGCUCGCACUGGGGCGAUCGUCAGCUUGUCCACCGACACUUAGCGCCAGGCCGUGGUUCUUUACUUGGUAAUAGCGAUCUGCACUAGUCUUGUAGGCUGGCUAGAGGGUUCUGCUGUGCGCAAGACUCAGAUGCACUAGAUCUCAGCAGCAGCGUGCAAACGGGAUCACAGUAACAUUAGCACUUCAUUCUGAGCAGCUCUGUCCUUGGCUGCUCAUUCAGGAGUUCUGAUGCAGUCUUUGAAGCUUCUCCAGUUAUUUCUAGACUGCCUACACAGUUGCGUCUCAUGUGUGCUCAGGCACAAGGCCUCUUGGCGUUUGCUCCAGCCUCUUGGCCACUGCCCAGCUUGCUGGUGGCACCCGAAUUGGUUGUGUGCCUGUGGCUGUUCAGUGAUGUACAAAUGAGCUGUGCAGGAGAAACUGUGCCCUUGUCAGGGGUGAAAUCCACACAGAGACCUAUGGCAGGGUGAGGAGCUAGGAACAGCGGCCUCUCUGUAGAGUGGGAGGCAUUAGCCUGGGGCCCCCAAGACGGGACAGCCAGAUCCAGAAAGAGGCUCCUACAGAUGCUCAUCCCCACUCCGCCACCAUGUGGCUCUAACCAACAAAACAGGUGCUCAGCAUUCUUCAGUCAACAUUUUUAUUAGUCUCCAAUCACCUCUGUGAAGACAGAAAACUUGCAGCUGGGACAUGAGCCCACAUCCCUAGCACUCACAUAAGAAGCUGGCUGCAGGGGCUGGAGAAACAGCUCAGUGGCUAAGAGCAUUUGUUCUUCCAGAGGAUCCAGAUUCUGUUCUCAGAAACCAAAUGUCACUUCACAACCGUAACUCCAGUUCCAGGGUAAUCUGACAUCCUCUUCUGUCCUCUGUAGGCACCAGGCACACAUGUGGUGCACAGAAAUACAUGCAGGCAAAACACUCCCCAGCCCCCCCCCAAAUAAA